AUUGCUAUCGCACUUUGAAGCACGUACCUCUGCGUUCGGAUACCCGGACAUACUUUUAAGUCCACAGCCCCGCGGAACUCAUCAGUUGGCCGUAGACCGUGCCGUCAGCCGCAACGAAUCCUUGCUCCGUCUGGAAGAUCCAGGACAUCAUGGAUAAUCCCGCUUAUGUUAUAGACUGCGAGCGCGAGUUCGCAACCAUGGCUGGCGCUCGCGAGGAGAACCUGUCGGAGAAGACGCGGCCCCACACUUUCGAGGAGGCCAUCACGCUGACGGGAGUGGGCCGCUUCCACUACAAGUUGCUGCUCAUCUGCGGCCUGUGCUUCAUGGGCGUGAUGGUGGAGAUCAUGGGCGUCAGCCUGAUCAUGAACCAGAUGAAGUGUGACCUUCAGCCGACGCUGGAGCAGCAGGGCAUCCUGGCGUCCGCCGGGUUCCUGGGCGUCGUCCUGAGCUCCCACGCCAUGGGCUUUCUGGCGGACACUUGGGGCCGGGCCACCACACUGCGAUAUGCCCUGUGCCUCAGCUCUGUGUGCUCCAUUGUCUCCGCCUUCUCGGUGAACAUCUGGAUGCUGAUCGUGUUCCGCUUCCUUACGGGCUUCUUCAUCUCCGGCGGACAGGCGUGCGUGUUCAGCCUGUGCGGCGAGUUCCAUGGCUCGGGUUCGAGGAUCAGGCAUGUGACCCUGCUGUCCGGAUUCCUUUGCACGGCCAUGAUCUUUGCCCCCGCUAUGGCAAUUGGUAUUUUGCCGCUGCGGAUCGAGACCAUUGUCCUUGGAAUGCGCUUCUCGUCCUGGCGCGUUCUGCUCCUGGCCAAUGUGUCCAUUUCGCUGCUGGCUCUGGUGGGGAUCAGCGCUCUGCCCGAAACACCCAAGUACUUGCUGGUCCAGGGGCGUGGCGAUGAGUCGCUGGCAAUUCUGCGCACCAUUUUUGCCAAGAACUCUGGCCGAGAUCCCUCGGAGUAUCCGGUCAAGGAAGUGGCUCUGGAAAGCGGUGGCGCAAGCUUGUCCGAUGUCCAUGGCUUUCUGGACGCAGUGCGCCUCGUUUGGCACCAGACAGUUCCGCUAUUCCAUCGCAGCCGCCUGUGGCACACCCUGAACAUCUGCUGCAUCCAGUUCCUCAUCUAUUUCCUGGCCCAGGGCAUCUUCAUGUGGUUCCCCACCAUCCUGAACGAGUUGGGCACACGCAAUGGCGAGGAUACGCUGCUCUGCAAUGUCCUGCAGGAUUUCAAUAUUGCUUCUGGGUCUGGAGAGGACGUGGCCAGCUGCUCCGUGGAAGUGGACACCUCCACUUACCUGGUGAUGAUCAUCAUCGGCGCCUGCUUUGUGUUGAUCUACCUGAUCUUUGCCUACAUCAUCGACUAUAUGGGCAAAAAGAAUCUGCUGAUGGCCUGGAUGGUCCUGACCAUAAUCUGCUUGGUGGCACUGCACUACGUGGAGCAGUUCGCCCUGGUGGUGAUCUCCCUGACCAUUGUGAUGGCCAUUGGCAACUGCGGCGGCCUGGUUAGCACCAUAGCCAUGGAAUUCUAUCCAACCCACAUCAAUGCCAUGGGCAUGUGCUUCAUCAUGAUGGUGGGUCGCUUGGGCGCCGUGGCGGGCAGCAAUAUCCUUGGACGCAUGCUCUUCGCCAGCUGUGACCCGAUCUUCUGGGCCCUUUUGGCCCUGGUGGUGCUCCUCUGCACCUUGGGCUUCUUCCUGCCGGAGAAGAAGCGAGCGCAGCAGAAGAAGCCCUCUGCCACAGCGAAGGCUAUUGUGGCUGCCACCACCAGUCCCAUUUUCGCUAUUAACUCCAAGUAGGAUUAGGUAAUGCUAGGUAGAGAACAACCCAUCGAUUCACUCAUUCAAAUGGCAUCCUCUGUCGCUGGGGAGAACUUCCGAUAUCUUAAAUACUGUAUAUAUUAAAAACACUUUCCAAAGAUACUUUUUUUCAAUAUGAUUAAAUAUAUAUUUAUACGCUAUUAUAGUCUAAAGUAGAGUAUUCGUAAGCGUGAUACAAUCAAGGACUUCUGCAAGUCCCACACCGAGUUGUGCAUUAAAAAAAGAACACAUUUAAAUAUGAAGUUAAGCUCUUUAUAAUGUUUAGGAAUGGUGUUGGCAAAUAAAACUCCACCAGGUUACACGCAAAUGGCUGAGGAAUCAAGAGCGGGAUCAAGAGCAGCCGCCUUGGAAAUGGGAUAUGGAUUAGGUAAAUGUUUGUGCCCAUUCCUCCGCCAGUGGCGAUGGAUGUUGUCACCGUGGCAAGAGGCACAAGUAGAAGUAGCUGCAUUAACAUUCCAGGCAUUCGUCGCUGGGCGCAGGGGAUGGUGGUCGAGCGGUUCGGGGAGGACUAAACGCAUUCCAAGUGCCGUCGCAUCACCAACUUCAACUUCAACUGCAACUGCUACUCAAGGUGGCGUGUGGGGCAUACUAGUCACUUGCCUACUAGGCUAUACUUUUAUUCUGCCCAAGCAAUAUAAAGUU